AUGUGGCAGGCACUGCCUGCCCUUUCCGGGACAUUUGGCGGGUGCCGCCCGCCAUGUGUCCCAGGAGGGGCGUGCAAGACCCGCCACGUGUCCCAGGACGAGCGGGCAGGGACCGCCACGUGUCCCGGGACAUGUGGCGGGCACUGCCCGCCCAUCCCGGGACACGUGGCAAGCCUCACCCACCCAUCCUGGGACGCGUGGCCGACCCCGCCCGUCCUGGGGCGCUUGGCGCGCCCCGCCCGCCUGUCCCUGGACGAGUGGCCAGCCCCGCCCGCCCGUCCCCGAACGCGUGGCAGGCCCCGCCCGCCCGUCCCGGGAAUCGUGGCGGGCCCCGCCUGCCCCGUCCCGGGAUUCAUGGCGGGCCCCGCCUACCUGUCCCGGGACACAUGGCGAGUCCUGCCCACCUGUCUCGGGAUGCGUGGCGGGCCGCACCCACCCGUCCCAGGACGCGUGGCGUGCCCUGCCCACCUGUCCCAGGAUGCAUGGCGAGCCCUGCCCGCUUGUACCAGGACACGUGGCGAGCCCCGCCUGCCCAUCCCUGGACGCGUGACGAGCCCCGCUCGCCUGUCCCGGGACAUGUGGCGUAUGGCGGGCCCUGUCGACCCAUCCCGGGACGCAUGGCGGCCCCCGCCUGCCCGUCCCGGGAUGCGUGGCAGGCCCCGCCUGCCCGUCCCGGGACUCAUGGCGGGCCUCGCCCACCCGUCCCGGGACGCGUGGCGGGCCUCACCCACCUGUCCCAUCAUAGACAACACCUUUGCUUAA